AACUCCUCAGUUCGCACCAUUAUGUCCAAUCAAACACACAUGCGGCUGAAUCCGAAUCGAUAUCAGCUUUCGGCCGACCAGCGAUACCUCCUUUUAGCACAAAACGUUAAGAAAUUAUUCAGGCACUCUUAUCUUGCUCAAUACACCAUUUAUGAUAUUCAUUCAGGUAACGACUUUCCAUUACGGCCGUUGCCGGAAAACGACGAUCAUCCGUUUCUACUUCUUGCUCAAUGGGCUCCGAAGGGGCACAGCCUCAUCAUGGUACAGGAUUACGAUGUUUACUAUAGGAAAACUCCCACUUCACACAUGGGCUACAGAAUCACCAAGAGUGCAGUACCGGGGGUUGUUAGUCAUGGUGUUCCUGAUUGGCUCUAUGAAG